AUGGCUGACCACGUGGACAAGAAGCCGCGCAUCGGCGAGGAGCUGUGCAUCAACACCAUCCGCAUGCUGUCGGCCGACCAGCCCAGCGCCGGCAAGUCGGGCCACCCGGGCGCCCCCAUGGGCUGCGCGCCCAUGGCCCACGUGCUCUUCGGCAAGACGAUGAAGUUCAACCCCAAGAACCCCAAGUGGAGCAACCGCGACCGCUUCUACAGCAUGCUGCACCUGACGGGCUACGACCUGCCCAUCGACGAGCUCAAGAAGUUCCGCCAGUGGGGCUCCAAGGCGCCCGGCCACCCUGAGAACUUCUGCACGCCCGGCGUCGAGGUGUCCACGGGCCCGCUGGGCCAGGGCAUCUCGAACGCCGUGGGGCUGGCCAUUGCCGAGAAGCACCUGGCCGCCGAGUUCAACAAGGACGGCCUCGACAUCGUGGACCACUACACGUACGUCAUCUGCGGCGACGGCUGCCUGCAGGAGGGCGUGUCCUCGGAGGCCUCGUCGCUGGCCGGCCACCUGGGCCUCGGCAAGCUCAUCGUGCUGUACGACGAUAACAAGAUCACCAUCGACGGCAGCACCGACAUCUCGUUCACCGAGGACGUGCAGAAGCGCUACGAGGCCUACGGCUGGCACGUGCAGGUCGUCGAGGACGGCAACUACGACCACGCCGCCAUCCAGAAGGCCGUCGAGGCGGCCAAGGCCGUGACCGACAAGCCGUCGCUCAUCAAGAUCCACACCACGAUCGGCCUCGGCUCCAAGCUCGAGAACACGCACUCGGUGCACGGCGCCCCCCUCAAGCCCGACGACCUGUCGGCCACCAAGGAGAAGUUCGGCCUCAAGGGCACCGAGUCCUUCUUCGUCCCGGAGCAGGUCAAGAAGUUCUACGACAAGACCGUCUCGGGCGCCGAGCUUGAGAAGCAGUGGAACGACCUGUUCGCCAAGUACACGGAGGCCCACCCCAAGGAGGCCGCCGAGUUCACGCGCCGCAUGGAGGGCAAGCUGCCCGCCGACUGGAAGAAGAACAUGCCCAAGUACACGCCCGCGGACGCCGGCAAGGCCACCCGCCAGUACUCGGAGAUCGCCCUGAACGCCGUGGCCACGGCUCUGCCCGAGAUCGUGGGCGGCUCGGCCGACCUGACCCCGUCCAACCUGACGCACCUAUCCAUGUCGGGCGACUUCCAGAAGGACACUCCCAUCGGCCGCUACAUCCGCUUCGGCGUGCGCGAGCACAGCAUGGCCGCCAUCUCGAACGGCCUGUUCGCCCACGGCGGUGUGCGUCCGUUCUGCGCUACGUUCUACAACUUCAUCGGCUACGCUCUGGGCGCCGUGCGCGUGAGUGCUCUGUCGCGCUUCGGUGUGAUCUACAUCGCCACGCACGACUCGAUCUUCCUGGGCGAGGACGGCCCGACCCACCAGCCGAUCGAGAUGAACGCCUCGCUGCGCGCCAUGCCCAACAUGUACGUGUACCGCCCCGCCGACGGCAACGAGACCGUGGGCGCCUACAUCGCCGCCGUGGAGAACACGCACAAGACGUCGGUGCUCGCUCUGACCCGUCAGGGCCUGCCCAACCUGGCCAAGUCGACGGCCGAGGCCGUGGCCAAGGGCGCCUACAUCAUCGCCAACGUGGCCAGCGGCGCCGAGGUGGAGUCGCUGGAGGGCGAGCCGGACCUGGUCCUGGUCGCCUCCGGCUCGGAGGUGUCGCUCUCGAUCGACGCCGCCAAGCUGCUGACCAACUACAAGGUGCGCGUCGUGUCGGUGCCGUGCCGCGACCUGUUCGACGAGCAGUCGGUCGAGUACAAGAAGGAGAUCCUGGGCGAGGGCGUCCCGGCCAUGAGCGUCGAGGCCGCCGCCACCUUCGGCUGGGCCACGUACUCGCACGCGCAGUUCGGCCUGGACCGCUUCGGCGCGUCCGCCACCAUCGCGCAGCUGAAGGAGCAGUUCGGUUUCAACCCGAGCACCGUCGCGGACGAGGCCCGUAAGCUGGUCAAGUACUACGACGGCCGUUCCGCCCCGAGCCUCUUCGACCGCCCGGCCCCGCGCGUGCUCAAGGCCGCCGACCACUAA